AUGUCGACUGAUGCACCACAGAAUCAUUUCAAACUCCGCGUGCUAAUCGUGGGUGCAGGACCCUGUGGAUUGGCUACCGCGAUUUCAGUGACUCUCGCAGGGCACUCGGCGACCGUGUUUGAGGCCACGGACGGACCCCAACCGUUUGGUGCUGGAAUCUUGAGCUCUCCGAAUGGAACCAGACUCCUUUCCAGAUGGGGAUUGAACAAGAUCCUUGGGUCGAUGCGCAUUACACCGAAAAUAUUGCGAGUUCUUGACCUCAAUGGCGAUUUGAUCGCCGAAAAGAAGCAAUUCGAUACGGACGUCAUGCGCACUUGUGGCUCUCCACUAUGCACAUACCAUCGCGCAGAUUUGCAAGCCGGACUACUACGGAGGGCCCUUGAAAUGGGCGUCGAGGUACAUUUCUCCUCCAAAGUGAGUAAUGUCAAUAUCCAUGAGCAUUCCGUCAAGCUACAAAAGGGCGACUCCCAUUGCGGGGAUCUUGUCGUGAUUGCCGACGGAACAUGGUCAACUUUGAGGUCAAAAGUCCUAGGAAGAAUUAUACAGCCACGCAUGACGGAUAAUGUCGCAUACCGCGUCACCAUUGACUUGACGAAAAUCGAUGGUCAAGAAGUGUCCGAGCCAAUGAAAUCUGCGCAGCUUCACAUUUGGAGGGGUACGGAUGCUCACGUUACCGGGUACCACGUCCGUGACGGUAGUUUGUUCACCCUUUCAAUAGUCAUGGCAGACGACUUCACGUCUGAAACUUCGAGUAUGCACGCAAUCAUUGAGGAGCUUAAAACCCGCCUAUGCGAAAGCGAUAAAAUUCUCGCAGCGUUGCUAAAGGCUGUGCAAAGGGUCAACAAGUGGCGUCUCGUCGAGGUAUCUGGCUUAUCUUGCUUGGAUCUACCUAAAGGGUUUGUGCUUGCAGGCGACACUUACCAUACUCUGCGCCCCAGUCUAUCGCAGGGAUUCAAUCUAGGGCUGGAAGACGCGGCCACGCUCGGCUCUUUACUGGGUCAUGUCAAAGCCGUGGAGCAAAUUCCAGGUGCUAUUGCCAUGUACGAAAGAUUGAGAUCCAGGAGGGUUCAGCAAGUGCUGCACGCAACCCAGCGUUAUGAGAGCGGCGGCCUUUCUACAGAGAUCGAGCCAAGGACACCCAAAACGCCUGAAAACUCUAAUGUCUCUGCCAUGAACGAAGACAUUGGCUAUGUUGCAGCACAGAAUGAUAUCUGGGCCUAUGAUGCCUACGAGGCAGCAGAAACGGCAUAUUACGACGACCCAUACUGA